GAUUAUUUUGAUACAAAAUGGAGGAAUCUGACGACAAUGUGAGUUCUGAGGAUUUGAGAUAUGAUGAUAGCUCGUCUAUCAAAGUUAAACCAAGAAAACGUUCCCUAGUCGAACGUGAACUUGAAACAAAUUUAACUGCUCGAGUAACAUCACCUGUAACUAAUUCUGAUUCAACUAGCACGAGCCGUUACGGCAGAGCUCGUAGACUCAAAACUGACUCUGAAUUCUUAGAUACAGAGAAAGCAAUGAAAUCUAAAUCACCGAACCCUAAAGUUGAUAAGUCACCAAGUAAAAUACAGUCUCCAGCCUAUAAAAUGCAUGCAUCGAACUCUUCCAUUCGUAUUGAAACCCCAAAACGACCGGAACAUUCCUUGGAAAAUCAGAUCGAAAAUAUAUAUACGGAGAAUAUAUCGUUAAGUCGUUUCGGAUCUGAGGAAAAGAAGAAUAAAUCAUCAACAAAGAAAUAUCCUAAAGUGUACAUAAGGAAAGAUUUAAUACAAACUAAAGAUAAGGAUCCCGAUGACACAGUUGUGUUGAUAAAAAAUAUGUUCUCACCGAGUAAUAGUAGUAAAAAAUCAAAUAUUCAUUAUUCUUCAGAGAAAUACAGUUCGAAUACUAAAAAGCCAAACGGACACUUAAACUCAGUUGUAAAGACAUUAGAUUUUGAUGGUAAUAAGAAAAAGAAGGUUGUGGAGAGAAAAAGUUUGUCAAAAAGUGAGUUAUUUGAGAUGGAGGCUAAGUGUGAGUACCAAGUAGGAGACUUGGCGUGGGCAAGAAUGGGGACAUACCCAUUUUGGCCUUGCAUCAUCACUAGAGAUCCAUUGAGCGAAAUGUUUGUCAAGAAAAAGUUAUUUGGACGUAUAGAAAGAGAUGUGUUACAUGUUACCUUCUUCGGCGACAAUGGACGUCGCGGUUGGAUUGUGGACAGUAUGCUUAGAAAGUUUCUUGGCCAGCUCGAGUUUGAAGUGGCUCGGACUAAUUUUACACCUGAGGCUAAGAAGAAAGAUCCAAAACUGUAUGCAGCAUUCUUUGUGUCAGAGAAGAAAACGCCAUCAUGGCAAAUUUCAGUUGAAGAAGCUGAGACACUGCUAAAAGAACCCAAAAGACUUAGAAUUGAUAUCCUCAAUGACAUGCUAGAAAAGUCUAGACGAGAGAGAACAACUCCAAAACUUGAGAGAAGUAAGAAAAUUACCAGAACCAAUAGCGAUGUUUCUUUGAGUGAAAGUUUAUAUGACACACUGUUUUCUGAAGAUGAUUCUAAAGCCAACGACUCUGAGAGAUCAAGAAGCAAAAGUAGAAAUAGAUCCUUAAACGUAUCAGAGGUAGUAACUGCCUGUCUUGAUAAUAUGGCCGCAAAGACUGGCAUUACUAAAAUCCAGAGACAAUCGCACAUGGAUAGAUGGUUACAGAAAGCUAAAUCCAAAACUCCAGAGAAAUCUCACCUCAAGUCUAGUAAAAUAAGUAAUAGUUCCAAAACUAAAAAGAAGACACAUGAAGAAAGAAAGAAACUCCAUAAAAAAUCAAGCCUUGAAUCUCAGUGUGAAAAUAAGCUACAAUCACAUCAAAACGAACAUGAUUACAGUCAAAAGUAUUGUGAUAGUAGCAGUUCAAUAGUGUUAGAUGAUGUCGAAAUCGAGUAUAAAAAUCCUGAAAUAUUAACAGAUUUGGUUGAACCUGCUCCAGGUUUAGAUGUAAUUUCAAAUGUAGAAACACUAUGUGAUAAGGAAGUGUUUGAUAAAAAUGAAGACAAUAUAAUAUUGGCUGUUGUUAAUGAUGACAUUUUUGUACCUGAAGCACGUGGUAGUAAGUUUUAUGAUCAAAUCAAUGUUCAAUCAAUUGAAAAAAUGCAUGAAGAUCCUAAUUCCACUGAAGUUUCCACAGACUCAAAUAAGAUUGAAUCAUUUAUGGAUAAUGCUGAAAGUAUGGAAGUUGAUAAUGCUGCGACUGAGGACGAAGUUGUUGGAAAUUUAUUUGAAAAUGAAAAUGAUGACAACAUAAAAGAAAAGCGAGAAAAUAUUGAUGUGCCUUCAAAUGACUGUAAUCAGUCAUCUAAUAAUGUAUUAAAUGCAGAUGAUGUUGAAAAAAGUAUCGAAGUGAGUGAGCCCAAAGAUAUUGAAUCUAAUAAUAUGAAUGAAAUACUUAAUAAUGACUUAAUAAUUAAUGCCUUUUGUGUUCCUUCAAGUGACAACAAACCCAAUGAAGCUCAUACAAUUGAAGAAAGUAAUGUACAUAUAACUAAUUUACAAAUUGACAGUAACAAUGAAAAAGAUAAAAAAGAUAGUGAGAAUAGUAAUCGAAUGGAAAGUUUUAGAAGAAAAUCGAAAAGAUUAUCAGGAAAAGAUACUAAAAAUGUUAGUGAAAUGCCGAAAAAAAAUUUGAAAACAGUUAUCAAUAUAAGCUUAGAAAUAGAUAACGUUAUCACUGAUAAAAGAAUUAAUGAAAGUUGUGAUAACAAAGAUGGUGUAAAUAAUAAAGAAUGUGAUAAUGAAAUUUCUAGUUAUAAAGUUGAAAAAACUUUAGAAAGGGAAUUAAUUGAAACCAAACCAAAAAAUCAAGAAAACAACGUACAUAUCGUUGAUAAUGCUGUUUUAGAUGAAAAUAUUGUUUUAAAUAAAGUAAAUACUGAAGCAAUUGAAUCAAUUUCACCUAAAAUUUCUCCAAAACGGCUAUCGAAAUUUAAGUUAUCUCUUAAUAAGUCAGCCGAGAACGUUUACACAAGUCUUUCUGUAACAAUAGACCCACCUAAAAAAAUAUUUGAAGACUGUGAUUUAGUAGAAAAGUCUACUGGAAAGGAAGAUGUUGUGCAGAACAGUGAUUAUAAAGACUGUACAAUGAUUGAAAACAAUAUUAAUAGUACAUAUUCUUUUAGUAAUAGUUUACCGGUGGGAAUAGACGAUAAGAUAAUUCAAAAUGGUUUUAUGGAACACGAUCAUCACAAUUUGGAAAUUAAUAAUAUUGAAAAUCAAAAUCAUAGCAGUAAAGAACCAAAACCAGAUAUUUUCGAAAAAGAAGUAUUUGAAAUCAAUAAUGACAUAAAUACAGACAAUAAUAUGGAAACCAAAGAUAAUUGUGAUGUUCUAAUACAACAACAAGUAGAUAAUGAACCUGUUAUUUUAAAUAGUUAUAAUGAAAAUUAUAAAACUGGGAAUGAAGAAGAGAAGCAAAAUAUUGUUGAUAAAUGUCAGACCGGCUUGGUAAAUGAAAAUAUUCCUAACACAGACAUUUUUAACGCUGAGACUGAUUCAAUACACGAUGAUGAAGAAGAUUUUGAGCUACGAUUAUCCACAAGCAGUUCAAUAUCUACUACGAAUUCUGAUAACAUAUCAGAAAAGAAAGUGGAGGAUGUUUCAGAAAAAAAAGAAUCUGAGAAGAUGGAAAUAGACCCUGAUAGCAUAUCAAUAAAAUCAGGAGAUAGUGAAACUUCUAUAGGUAUAAAAAAGCGCAUAAAAGAUAAACAAGGAAAAAGCAAAAUGCUAGAAGAACCAGAAUUUUUAAAGUAUUUAGAACUGAGACAAGAUGCUGUUAUGGAUGAACAUCCUGAACUUUCUCAAGAGGAUAUAACUAACUAUCUGUACAAAACGUGGCUUUAUGAAGAGAAUUUAAAAACUGAUACAAAGAAAGCAGACGAUAUUGAUCACGCAAAUUUAGUAAAAGGCCUUAAUCAAGAUACUGCACCAGUGAAAAAAAUACGUAAAAAAAUUAAAGUAGAUAAAGAAAAAUAUAAAGAGCAGAAAUUAGAUACGGCGGAAAAUAUAGAAAAAGAAAAGUCCAAACGUAAAAUAAUUAGACCAUAUUAUAAAGAAGAUUUCUCGGAUUCAGAAGAAAAUGUAGAAUAUUAUGAAAUAUUUAAAAUGAAACAAAAACCUAAAUCAAAUGAAAAUUCAAUAGAAAGUAAUAAAAUUGAAAGUGUUCAAAAUGAAAUCGCAUCCACUGAAGUGCCAAUCGAAUAUGAAGAAGAGAUGGGACAAGAUGAGACUGAUCUAGUUGAAGAGUAUUUCAGACAGUUAACUGCCCCAAAACCUAAUUUAUUUAAAGGUUUAAUUAGAGAAAAAGUUUGCGAAAUCUGCGAAAGAAUUGGUAACCUCGUGAAAUGUAAGGGGUGCCACUCUAUGUUUCAUGUCGAUUGUGACAAGAAACAGCCUGAAAUUAUUGAAAUAUCAACACCUUCAAGAGGUAGAAAGAAAAAGAAGAAAACAAGAGGUAGGAAAGCGAAAGAAGACGCUAACGGAUUAGAUUCCGAAAGCCAGAGUGAUGACAAAUCUCAAGAUGCGAAUGUUUCAGAGGAAAUUCAAAAUACAUCAAUAGAUGGAGAAGAAUCUCAUAUAGUAGCAAACGCGGACGAAUUUGAAGCGAAACUGACUGAAAAAAUGAAAGAAUUGAUCGAAAAUCCAGACAAUUUAGAUUACGAUUCCCACUCCAACGAUGAACUUGACUGGAAUGACAUCGAUGUCGGGGAAUGUAAGAUCGUUGAUAUAAAGCUGCGUACGAAAUAUCGGGAAACGAGCUCCGAUUUCUCAGACUUCAAAUGCAGUAACUGUCAAAAGCACGAUAUCCCAAUAUGCUUCGUUUGUAAAUCAAAUAUAUCUCCGAAAGACAAAGCGGAGUAUAGACAGCGUUGUCAAGUGGCACACUGUCAGAAGUACUAUCACCUAGAAUGUUUGGACCAUUGGCCUCAAACGCAAUUCAAUUGGGGCGAACUUUCUAAAACGAAUAAAAAAAAUGAACAUUCUGAAUCAUUGUCGUGUCCCAGACACGUGUGCCAUACUUGCGUCUGCGACGAUCCUAGAGGUUGUAAAACUAGAUUUAGUGGAGACAAGUUGGCUAGAUGUGUCCGCUGUCCGGCCACUUACCACACAUUUACCAAAUGCCUUCCAGCGGGAACUCAGAUUUUGACUGGCUCGCAUAUAAUUUGUCCCAGGCAUUAUGAACAUAGGCCAGGUAAAGUACCAUGUCACGUGAAUACCGGUUGGUGUUUCAUAUGUGCCUUGGGUGGUUCGUUGAUUUGUUGCGAGUAUUGUCCUACUUCCUUUCACGCUGAGUGCCUUAAUAUCAAACCACCGGAAGGUGGUUAUAUGUGUGAAGACUGCGAAACUGGUCGAUUGCCGUUGUACGGUGAAAUGGUUUGGGUGAAAUUAGGACACUAUAGAUGGUGGCCGGGUAUAAUCCUACACCCAUCUGAGAUACCACAGAACAUUCUAGCGGUGAAACAUUCACCCGGUGAAUUCGUGGUUCGGUUCUUUGGUCAGUACGAUCACUAUUGGGUGAAUAGGGGACGCGUCUUUCCUUUCCAGGAAGGUGAUUCUGGUAAAGUAUCAAGUCAAAAAUCAAAAAUAGAUGCAGCUUUCACGAUGGCGAUGGAACACGCACAGCGAGCUUGCGAAAUAUUGAAAACGGCCUCGUCAAACGAUGAAGAAUCGAUAGACAUAGCGUCCUCUCUUCUACCACCGCACUAUGUAAAGUUAAAAGUGAACAAACCAUGUGGGUCUCUCUGUGGCAAGAAGAUUGAUCUCGAGGAGAGUUCCUUGACACAGUGUGAAUGUGACCCGAAUGACAUCGAACCAUGUGGACCAUACACACAGUGCCUUAACAGGAUGCUAUUAACAGAGUGUGGACCGACAUGUCGAGCGGGUGACCGUUGCAAUAACAGGGCAUUCGAGAAACGUCUCUACCCUAAACUCGUGCCCUACAGGACGCCGCAUAGGGGUUGGGGGUUGAAGACAUUGGUUGAUAUUAAAGCGGGGCAGUUCGUGAUCGAGUACGUGGGCGAGUUGUUGGACGAGACGGAGUUCCGGCGGCGCAUGCGCAGGAAGCACGACGUGCGCGACGAGAACUUCUAUUUCCUCACGCUGGACAAGGAGCGCAUGAUCGACGCCGGGCCUAAGGGAAACCUUGCCAGGUUCAUGAAUCAUUCCUGCGAACCGAAUUGCGAGACGCAGAAGUGGACCGUUUUAGGAGAUAUCCGCGUAGGUCUGUUCGCGAUCCAUGACAUACCUGCAAAUAGCGAACUAACGUUCAACUACAAUUUAGAAUCGGCGGGUAUCGAAAAGAAGCGAUGUAUGUGCGGCGCGAAACGGUGUUCAGGGUAUAUAGGAGCUAAACCGAAACAGGAUGAUCAACCAAAGAAAAUUAAACUACCCACAAAACGUACCUACAAAAAACGUAAAACAAUCGAAGAUUCGCCGUCGACAAGUCGAAACAAACAAAAAAACCGAGUGGGAAGACCUAACAAACCGAGAGAACUGACGGAAAUAGAAAAAGACCUUUUAAUUAUCAAAAGUGCCACCAAUGGCAUGUCUAGCGACUCUGAAUGUAGCGUUCGUUUGUGUAGCAUCGAUAGUUUUAAAGAUUCCAAAGCUUUGAAGAGAAAGUUAAUAAAUGUACCAGAAGAACUGUCUUCGCCGUCAACCAAACGGUACAAAAACGAAAAAUCUGAAGAUAAAUUGACAAUAUAAACUGUGUUUAUAGUUCCGUCUGUACGUUGAGAAUUAUGGAUUUUAUUUACCUGUAAAUAAUUAGUAAUCGCUUUACAUAUCAGCCGCUAUUAAUAAAAUAUGUAUUCGAAU